AUGGCACCAAGCUCAACUGCCGGAAUCGCAAAGAAGGCCACCGGUUGGUCAACUGUCCUGCUCGCAGCCCAGUUGGCACUUUCGCCAGUCAUCGCGUCACCGCUGCCAAUGCCCACGACGGGUCUGGCGGAGAGAUUGCACUCCGCUGGACAGAAGCGUGACCAAUGGUUCACCCUGCAGUACUAUGAAGGGACGUCUUGCCAAGGCGACCCCUUUUUGGAGACUGGCAUGGGGAUGGAUGAGGAUAAGUACACGGGUUCUGGUUGCCUCAACAAUAUGAAGGACGCCUACACCCGGGAGGAGAAGUGUGUGAGGUCUGUCAAGGUCAACGCACAGCACACCUGGAACGAAACCAACGUGAUGGAUCUCACACUGAGGAGGAACGCAGACUGCUCGGACAUAAUCACGGACACAUACAUACGGUUCCAGCCUGGGCAGACCUAUUGCCAGACUGUCGAGGACACAGACUGCGUCCGCAGCGUCCAGGCUCUGGUCUUUGGGUAUGUAGACCCCGCACACGCCGGAGAUUCGACCGCCGCCGGCCCGGUUGCUACGACGGCACCACAAUAA